AUGCAAAUACCUUUAAGCUGGUUGCGGGAAUAUGUGGACGUUGACCUGCCGCCCCACGAGUUGGCCCACCGCCUGACCAUGGCGGGUGUCGAGGUCGGCGAGGUCACCGAACUUGGCGGGUGGGAGAAUUGCUGCGUCGGCGAGGUGCUGGAGGUAACUCCUCACCCAAAUGCCGACAGUUUGCAACUCUGCCGCGUAAACCCCGGCGCCGGCGCCGAAAUGGAAGUGGUCUGCGGCGCGCCCAACGUGGCCGUCGGUCAGAGAAAAUAUGCUUUGCCCGGCACCCAUAGCGGCAAGCACGAAACCCUCAAGGCCGCCCGAAUACGGGGCGUGGUCUCCGAAGGCAUGAUCUGCUCCGAGCUUGAGCUGGGACUGGGCGACGCCCACGAGGGAAUCGUGGUGCUGCCCGAUGAUGCUCCCCUGGGAAUGCCACUGGACGACUAUCUCGGAGACACAAUCCUGGACCUGGAAAUUACACCUAACCGCCUGGACUGCUUUUCCAUCCUGGGUGUGGCCCACGAAAUUGGCGCCCUUACCGGCAAGAAAGUCCGUGUGCCCGAGUCCAGCUACAGCGAGGGCGGCCCGCCAAUUACUGAGGAGGCCAACGUCUCGGUAGCCGACCCCGACCUGUGCCACCGUUACACCGCCAGCCUGAUCCAGGGCCUGAAGAUCGGCCCAUCGCCCCAGUGGCUGCAGGACCGGCUUACCAAGGCUGGGCUGCGGCCCAUCAGCAACGUGGUGGACGUCACCAACUAUGUGAUGCUGGAGUUUAACCAGCCUCUCCAUGCCUUUGAUCUGGACAAGAUGCGGGACAAGACCGUUAUUGUCCGCCGCGCGGCCCCCGGAGAAACCCUGGAAACCCUGGACGGCGCUCCCCGUGAGCUGAACACCGAGGUGCUGGUGAUUGCCGACUCCCGCGACCCCAUUGGGUUGGGCGGAGUCAUUGGCGGCGCCAACAGCGAAAUAGGGGCCAACACUACCUCGGUUCUCCUGGAAUCGGCUACCUUCAACAGUUACAACAACCGCCGUACCGCCGAUACCUUCCGGUUGCACACCGAUGCAUCCCAGCGGUUUGAGAAGGGCCUGCGUCCGGAGUUGGCGCCCAUCGCCCUGCGAAGGGCUACCCAGUUAAUCCAGCAGGUGGCCGGCGGGACUAUCGCCCAGGGCAUCUACGACAUCUAUCCCGAUGCGGACAUACCCAAGCCCAAGGUGUCAUUGACCCUGCGCCGGCUAAAGCAGAUCCUAGGCAUGGACGUCACCCUGGAGCAGGUGGAGGACGUCUUCCAUUCGCUGGAGUUUGAAACCGAGCGGACGGGCGACUCAUCCCUGGCAGUAGCCGUCCCCUACUGGCGCAGCGACGUAAAUAUCGAGGAAGACCUGAUCGAAGAGGUGGUGCGAAUCAUUGGGUACGAUAACGUGCCCACCACCAUGCUCUCUACUCCCAUACCCCACCAGCAGUCGGCUCCCAUGACCGAAUUGCGAUGGCGGGUUAAGGAGUCUUUGGCGACGGCAGGGCUGCAGGAAACCAUCAGCUAUCCGCUGGUCAGCCUGGAGGACCUGGAAAAGGUCAACUAUUCUGCCGAAGAAGCCAUGCCCUUAAGGGUGGCCAACCCCAUGAGCACGGAAAGCGACUACCUGCGUCCAACCCUGCUGGCCAGCCUGCUCAACACGCUGUCAUACAACGAGGGGCAUAACGAGGGGCCUUUCCGGUUCUUUGAGCAGGGGCGGGCCUUUUUGCCUCGCCCGAACCAGUUGCCCGACGAACGCGAAGUGGCGACCGGUGUGGUUUCCGGCCUCCGUUCCGAGCCGUCAUGGCUGGUGGACAACGGCCCACUGGACUUUUACGACGUCAAGGGAAUGCUUUCCUCGGCGCUGGCCUACCUGGGCUUGACACCUUCCUGGGAAACCGCCACGGCGGAAGAGGGCCCUGCCCUGCACCCGGGCCGGUCCGCCCGGAUUAUGUGCAGCGGUUCCCAAAUAGGGAUUCUUGGAGAACUUCAUCCCACCGUCCUGGAGAGAUUUGACCUGACCCACCGUCCGGUUACGGUUUUUGAGAUUUACCUGGACAACUUGCUGGCCUUGCCGGCCCGGUCAGGCCGCAAUUUCCGUUCGCUUACCCGCUACCCCUCGGCCAACCGGGACGUGGCCCUGGUUGUUGGCGAUGACGUGCCCGCCGGCAAAGUGCAGGAGAUCCUGAAUCGGCAUCGCCUGGUUGACCGGGUGGAACUGUUCGACGUUUAUGCCGGGGAAAACCUGGAGCCUGGCACCAAAUCCCUGGCCUUCCAUGUAUACUUCCAGGCAGCGGACCGCACCCUGACCGCCGAAGAAGUCAGCCGCACUCUGGAAGGUUUGCUGCGCACGUUGCAGCGGGACGUGGGAGCUACCCUAAGGGAAUAG